AUGCACCCGCCCGGCGCCCCGCUCGCCAUGGCCGAGGGCGCCUUCUCGCUGUCGGCUCCGGCGGCGCGCAGCCCCGGGGGGAACCCGUCGAGGCUGCACAGCAUCGAGGCCAUCCUGGGCUUCACCAAGGAGGACGGCCUCCUCGGCCCCUUCCCGCCCGACGGCGGCGCCGGCAGCGCCAAGGAGGCGGACAGGCGGGGUCCCCGGCACGGCCUCCCCAAGAUGCCCGGGGAGCCGCCGCCGGCCGAGCGGCAGGGCCGCGCCGAGCGCUUCCAAGAGCCGUACUGCCCCGGCAGCGCCAGCCCCGAGCUGCCCGCCGGCGGCGGCGAGGGGAAGCCGUCGGACGAGGAGCAGCCCAAGAAGAAGCACCGGCGGAACCGCACCACCUUCACCACCUACCAGCUCCACGAGCUGGAGCGCGCCUUCGAGAAGUCCCACUACCCCGACGUGUACAGCCGCGAGGAGCUGGCCAUGAAGGUCAACCUGCCCGAGGUCCGCGUGCAGGUGUGGUUUCAGAACAGACGGGCCAAGUGGCGGCGGCAGGAGAAGCUGGAGGUGACCUCUAUGAAGCUUCAGGACUCACCUAUACUCUCCUUCAACCGCUCAUCGCAGGCGACCCCCAUGGGCCCCCUCAGCAGCAGCCUGCCCCUGGAGACAUGGCUCAGCCCACCCGUGCCCAGCGGCACAGCCCUGCAGAGCCUGCCUGGCUUCGUGGCCUCUCCACAGAGCCUGCCUGGCAGCUACACGCCACCGCCCUUCCUGAACUCUCCAGCCGUGACCCACGCACUGCAGCCCCUGGGGGCAAUGGGGCCACCGCCGCCUUACCAGUGCGGGGCCACCUUUGUGGACAAGUUCCCCUUGGACGAGGCGGACCCACGCAACACCAGCAUUGCUGCCUUGCGGAUGAAGGCCAAGGAGCACAUCCAGUCCAUCGGCAAACCCUGGCAGACGAUCUGAGCUCCCUCUUCCAGCACCUGGGACAAAAGCACUGGGAAGGCUGGUACCGGGAUGCCCAAGGGAUGCCCUUGACCCGCUCUGGCUCCCCUGGACGAGGACCUGACAACGGAGGGCUGUCCCUCACACCAGCUGUUUCCCCAUGCCCUGGCUUGCUUUGUAUUUUGUGGUCUUUUUAAUCUCCUUUUCCACAUACCCUGCGGAGUUAGGGGUCAGAUCAUAGCUUAGGAAAAAAAUGUCUUUCGUUCUCCCUUCUUGGCUGGAUGCUUUAGUUGCAAUAAAAGCUGAAGUAGGGCGAAGAGCGGCGUAGGGUGGCUGGGAACCAAGGCCUGUGUGAUCUGGGGAGGGUUUUGUGUUUGCACCAUUAAAUGGCACAACUGGUGUGAAGGCUGUGCGUUGAGUGUCUGCACAAGGGGGUUGCCCAGGCCAGGCCCUCUGCUGCCUCUGGCAUGCGGUGGGGAGCGGCAGGCCUGGCCGUGGCCCUCUCCCUCCUUGCAGCCCAGCCUUGCUGGGGGUCUCCUGCUGCCCCCUGCCCCUGGCUGUGGUGGCUUCCCUCAGCCACUGCUGGGGGCUCUGACGUGGCCAGAGAUGUGGUCCCAUGGUGGGCACACACCCAGCCAGUGGCUCCAUGCUCUGCAAAGAGUGGCCGGGGUCCACCAGGGCCCAGCUGCAGCGUUACCGCACUCAGCAGGGCAGCCCCGAGGCCGGAUGGGGUUUGCUGCCCCCACCCUGGGCUGCCGGCCCACGACACCACCUCAGAGAAGGGUCUGGCAGGUCCUGCAGGCCCCUGGCUCCUCAGCCCAGCCGCUGCGUGGGGGCUGGUUGGGGCAGCUGGCUUGGCAAGGCUGGGGUGCUGGCAAGGCGCUGGGCCACGCUCACCCCCCACUGCACAGCACCCUUCCCGAGCUGCCUAAACUAAAUCUGCGGCAUCUUUAUUUUCCAUCGUCUCUGUUACUGCCCGUAAUGGGGCUGAGAAGCUGUAAUGAAACACCCCUUCUCCUCCACUGGGCACGGGGCGCUCUGCACACUCUGGAGGUUGUGGCAAUUAACGUUUCUCAUUAGGGAAGGGAGAAGGAUGCACAAGCGCCCUCAUUGUGUCCUGGGGAUGAUUCAAUGCAGGCUGGGAGACCUCUCCUUUCACCAUUUCCCACUCGUUGUGGCCAGACAAAGGCUGGCUUCUAAUUAUAUUUUCACAAUCUGUGCGUAUCUUUAAGAGUCCUGUCAGAAACAAGUAUGUCAGCUUUGUUCAGCUUCACUUCAGGGAGCUUUUUAACCUCAGACAGCAGUUUCUAAACAUCCCUUCACAGCCUCCUCCA